AUGGCACGAAUAGCGGACGAUAGUGACUUCGAAGCGCUGAAACGACUGGUCGACAAUCACGACGGCUGGACGCUGGAGCUGUCCAAAUCCGACACGGAGGUAUACACGCGGCCCGUGCCCGGCUGCAACUUCAACAUGGUCAAGAUCCACACCGUGUUUGCCGACGUCACGGCCGACAUCGUGUUCGAUGUGCUGCACGAUCCGGACUAUCGGAAGGUUUGGGAUUCGCAUAUGCUCGCCAGCGAGGAAAUCGGCAUACUGAACGUCAACAAUGACGUCGGUUACUACGCAAUGUCCUGUCCGCCUCCGCUUAAGCCGCGAGACUUUGUCCUGCAACGAUCCUGGCUCGAUACGGGCCCGCAAGGCGAACAGAUGCUCCUAUCCCGCUCGGUACCCCAUAAAAACUAUCCACCCAAGAAGGGUUACGUACGUGCGAUGUCGUACAUUACCGGUUUCGUACUGCGUACGAACAAAAACUCAAAGACUGGCUGUAUACUUAAGUACGUAGCGCACUGUGACCCGCAAGGUACGCUUCCGCCCUGGCUCGUGAACAAGGUAACGCACACGCUCGGACCGCGCAUGGUAAAGGACCUCAAGAAGGCCGCCCUCGGGUAUGUGAGCUGGAAGCAAACGCAACCGCACCUGCGAAAACCGUGGCGCUUUCCGGAAGAGAUCCGCUGUCCAAGGAUAUCCAUCGAUGAUUGUCUUGAUACGGUCGCAGUUCCACUAGCACUUCCAGCAGCAACCGGAUCGCCGAAAAGCGUUCAGCAACCCACACCGCAACCCCCGCAGCAAACCCCAACCCAACGGAAGCUACCCCAGCUGAAAACGCAAACCAAUGGUCGCGUGCUGCCGAUACUGCACAAAAAGGCUCAAUCGACACCGUCAUCGCCGGUCGUGGAGGAAGCGAAGUUCCUCAAGCGGGACGAACUGAAGGAAAAGCUCGAAGAAAAGCGCAAGGACGAGAAGAAAAAGCAAAAAGAUUCCAAAGAGGCCAAAGGCAAGGACACCAAGGAAAGCUUAAAAAGCACCAAGGAGCUGGAGAAGGAAGCAAAGGCAGCGGCGAAAGAGAGCAAAAAGCUUAGCAAGGCAGCGGCAAAGGAGGCGGCAGCGGCCGAAAGUGCAGUCGCGAAAAAGGAGAAAAAAGAGAAAGGACUCACCAAGCGGAGGUCUUUGUUGAACUUGAAGUUUUAG